AUGAGGGCUUGUUCAUCUAAGUUUCUAGCUAACAACAUAUUGCAUCAAGUUGAAAGUAACCCCAAGAUCCCUACACGUGCUUUACUAGAGGACUUAGUACAGAGGUAUUCACUUUCAAUAUCAAAUAUGAAAGUAUUCCGGGCCAAAGCUAUGGCAAAACAAUAUGUUUAUGGUGAUUAUGAAAAGCAGUAUGGUGUUUUGAGAGAAUAUGCCAUGGAAUUGAAGUCAAAGAAUCAAGGAACAACUGUGAAGAUAGAUGUCGAAAUUGAACCCAAUGGUCUCUUUCCAGGACAAAUUCUUACUGCAGUUGGGCUUAAUUCAAACAAUGGCAUUUACCCAGUUGCAUAUGCCAUUGUAGAGACUGAAAAUAUUAACUCUUGGACAUGGUUUUUGGAACACCUGGGAAUCUUGGCUGCAAUAGAGAAGUUAUUUCCAUCAGCUGAGCAAAGGUUCUGUUUAAGACAUGUGUAUGACAACAUGAAAUUGAAACACAAAGGAGAUGAAUUGAGGGAAGCAGUAUGGUGUUGUGGAAAAGUAUACAACAUACCAAAAUUUAAUAGGGCUAUGGAGAAAUUGAAAAAGCUUAACCCAGAAGCACAUGAGUGGUUAAGUAAAAUUCCUGCAAAACACUGGGCAAGAUCCCAUUUCUCUGGAAGGGCAUUGACUGAUAGUUUGACAAAUAACUUGUGUGAGGUACUUAACUCCAAGUUAGAUGAGGCAAGGGACAAGCCUAUAAUCACUUGUUUGGAAUAUAUUAGAAAAUACCUCACAAAGAGAAUAGUAAGUGUUCAUAAGGUGCUAGACAAAUGCAAAGGUUCUCUAAGUACAACUGCAACAACAAUCUUAGAAAACAAUAAGACAGAGGCAAGUAAGAUGAGGGUCCUAUUUAAUGGAGCUGAUAAAUAUCAAGUGACUGGUCUAUGGAUGGAGCAGUAUGUUGUGAAUUUGAAAGAGAGGAGUUGCACUUGCAGGAAAUGGGACAUUACAGGUAUUCCAUGCCAGCAUGCUAUUGCUGCAAUGUAUGAUAAGAUGCAGAAUGGGUCAGAAUGUGGAGAUCCUGAGGCUUGGGUGAGCAAAUGUUACUGGCUCAGUACAUGGAAUGCUAUGUACCAACACACAAUUGACCCAAUAAAUGGAAGGAGCAUGUGGCCUAGAUCUGAUUGUCCAACAACCCUUCUCCCACCCAAACAUCACAAACAGGUUGGUAGGCCAAAGAAAAAAAGGAAGAGGCAGUUGAUGAGCCAACUCAAAGUAGUAGGUGGUGAAGAUGAGUGGUGGUGUGUGGUGGUGGUGGAAGUGGGAGAGGGUGGUGGGGGUGGGGUACUUGUUAUGAUGGGUGGUGCAUAUGUUAGUGGCGGUGGUGUUGAUGGGUGGGUGAUGUGGGUGGUAGUGGUGGGUGAUGAUGAUGGGUGGAUGAGUGGUGGUUGGUGGGUGGUGGUGGUGGUAAUGGUGGUGGGGGUUAUGGUAGCAGGUAGUAGUGAUGGGUGGUGGGGUGGUGAUGGUGGUGGUGGUCUUGGUGGGUGGGGAUGGUUGUGGCAGGUAGUGGUAAUAUAUGGUGGAGGCAGGUGCUGGUGUUCAGUGGGUGGGGUGGUGUUGGUGGGUGGUGGUGAUGGUGAUGGAGACGGGUGGUGGUGGAUAUAG